CACCAGGAAACUAAAAAACAAAUUCUGUGGUUGUGCUCUGUGUGUGUGUGGUGGGGGUGGGGUAGGGUGCCUGUCCUCACCCUUGGCAGUGAGCCAGGUGAGGAAGCCUCCCAGAGACUGAAGUGACCAUAUGGAGUUAACUGUAGUAGCCAGACCUAUGCUCAGCAGUGUACACUUGAGACUGAGCAGGAAGAUACCCGGCCACCUCACGACAGAUUCAGGAUGGGCACAGAGCUGUGAAUGAGGGAUGUGGGUGAGAUGAGGAGACAGAGGUUAAGUUUUGGCUUCAUCCCAUCUGUUCCUCUGCAUCUUGAGGGACGAGACAGUACUUACCAGAAGGAGAAAGAAGCAGCAGCAUCGAGUUCUAAAGGAGGCAGCACUCAUUGGAAGACAACUAGAAGUUCAAAACAGCUUGUUGUUUGUAAAGGUUACUGGAAGAGUUGUGAGGGCUGGGAAGUUACCUAGCAAUAGUCACUUAGUCUAUACCGAGCCUGUGCAGAGAACAGAGGGCAUAGGUUAAGGGUCAUGAUAGGCGAGUACUGAGAACAGCUAACAGCAGCAUCUCCUUAAGCAUGUGCAUCCUGGACUGCAGAAACCCAGCCACAAGAGAGAGUGUCGCAAGUCAAACAAGUGAUGGAUUUAGAAGUGGACUUGGUGGCUCAUGCCUUUAAUCACACUGCUCAGGAGACAAAGGCAGGCAGAUCUCUGUAAGUUUUGAGGCCAGUCUGGUCUACACAAAGUGCUUCAGACCAGCCAGGGCUCAUAUUAAGACCUUGUCUCGCUCUUCGUCUUUCCUCCGCCAUCGUGCGCGCUACUCCUGAUUCGGCUUCUCGCCAUGUCUUCUCACAAGACUUUCAUAAUCAAGCGAUUUGUGGCCAAGAAACAAAAGCAAAACCGUCCUAUUCCUCAAUGGAUCCCGAUGAAAACUGGUAAGAAAAUCAGGUACAACUCUAAGAGAAGACACUGGAGGAGAACGAAGCUGGAUCUGUAAGGAGUCACGCCAUGGCAAGACUGAGCGUUUAUACUGAAUUGUGGUCAUCGAUCAGUCCUACCAGAUGGAGUUCAACAUUUUUAACCUAAAGAUUUGCUUGUGUCUUAAAUUAGGGUGUUUGUCCAGUAAUAAAACUUAGAACCUUCAAAAAAAA